AUGGCCUCCCGCAGCGCGGGCACCCUAGUGACCGAGUUCAGUGCCGCCUACAGGCCCCCUGCCCUCAUGCCAGGCUGCCGGCGCAGGUACAAAGGCCACGUUCCCGGCUUGGACUACUCCUUCGGCUCCACCUAUGGCAACGCCACUCUCAAGUACUUCCAGGACCACCGCAACGCAGCCCUGGAGAACAGCGGCACCCCCUUCAGCAAGGGAGGCCACUUCCCAACCCUCUGCUCCCCAAACGUCGACCUCGUGCUGUGUAGCCGCGCGCAGGCCCGGGCCCGCUGGCUGCACCGGCCCAGCUACACCCGCUUCAACCUGGACAGUGAUCGCUCCACUGAACUCUACCGCUUCUACCAGAUGGCACAGGAGCAUCGAAAGCACUAUCGAGACAAGACAGACAUGGUACCCCGGGUCCCCUACUUCGUGCUGCCUAUGAAGGAGCAGGAACGGUACCCCAUCCCCACCGACCUGCCUCCGCUGAGCCCGAAGGAUAAGUGGCACCUUUUAAGAUUGUCCCCCGACAACCUGAAGACCUACCAGACGUUCCCAUCCGGGAAGAGGGUCUCCUCACAGGAACGGCAGAAGAGAGACUUGUACUUUGAGUUCAGAGCAUGAUGCCUGAGAGCCGUGGCCUCAACCAGGUUGGCUCUUUGGAAUAAAAUAUUUAGCCGUGACUCCCCCACACUCCUCUCCUCUGAGCUCCAGGAGCUCUUGGCCGCAGCAGGGACAGCAUCGGAGGGUCACACAGCACAGUGUCCGAAGGGCUGUAGGAAGCUCAGCCCAAGGGCUUCAAGCCAAGAAAAAGUAGUGCCCAGGGACCUGCUCGUCGGCCUCUCCCCCUGACGCGAAGGGGGUAGAACUGAGGACUGUGGGGCCCCUGAGUCUUGGUGGCAGGUCACGCAGGUGCGGAGAUACCUCCCACUGGCAUAACCGAGGAAGCCCCAUUGUCCCAUGUCUGCAAAUGAGGGUGCAGUGAUCCCAGAUGGUUGACCUGGGUGUUAUAUGCAAAGGAAUUCCCGUUUGAGCCCCGGCUCAGCGUUAUUUAGUCCACACAACGCCCUGUAACAGCGGAGGUGCUACUGGUAGACCCUGAGGCCCAGAGAAGUUGCCCACGUUCACACAGCCUGGAAAUGACACAGCCAGGACUCGAACCCAGGUCUUUCUGACCGCCAGGCCCUCGUUGUGGUCCAGAUGGAGACUGGGCGCAGGGAUGGUGCAGCCCUUUGGAUCCCAAAGGACCCUGCGGUGCCCCGAGGAGAAGCGCACCUUCCUGCGUCCUGCCCAGACUGGCAUGGACACGCUGACUGGCCAUCCACCCCGGGACCGUUUCUAGAAGGGAACAGGAGGGAGUAACCCAGGACUAAGCCACUCUUCAAGGACUGUCUAUGUUGCAGG